AUGAGUCGACGAGUGACAGUGUCGACGACAUCUAGUUUCAAGGUUCUGCCUGAGGCAUCGGAACAACCGGUUUCGCGGAAAUUGCCAAAUCCUCGAAAGGAAGGAACAGCUGAUUUCGGCCACUUUCGCGGGGCAGAUGAUCCCACUUUCCACCAGAUUGAAGUCAAGCGAAUAAUCUCAGCACCGCCAAUCUCGAUCUCGGCUAAAUCAAAAUCGCAUGAGUCGAGCAAUUCUACUAAUCACGCAACUAACAUUCAAAUAUCAAGAUCACGUGACUUGCGAGGAGAUAUCUGCCUCGAAGAACGAAUGUCGAGAAUAGACUCUUUUGCGGACAGACUUUUGAGCAUGGCGGAAGGUCUUCACGACGAUAUGACCGCGCAAAAUGAGAUCGACGAGCUGAAUGAAAACUUAAACGGACCAGCGAGGCCGAGAAUAAUCAAUCAGGGAAAACGGGAAAUGCGGAAAAACAAACGGAUCAUGGCAGAAAACAAGGAACUACGGCAUGCGCUCGCUGAGCAUCAAACAGUGCUAGAAAUGGUCAUGGAUAAAUUCCGCAAAGUCUCGACUCACGCAGCUAAACUGGAGCGGGAGCGAUCCCACCUCGCUCCUGCGAAUAAAACUUAUGAACUAAGAAAGGAAAACCAAAAGCUGGCGGAUAGAGUUGGAGACAUGAUCACAAUUAUGACGAUGGCGGCGAGCAAGUAUCCCACAGACAACGACUCGUAUCUUCAAGCUAAAACGAAGUUGAAGCAACUUAGAGAUGAAAAUCAGGGUCUUCGCUCCUUGUUAGCUCUUUCUCAGCGAAAUGGAUCGCAUAAGCUUGAUAUGCUGAGUCCUGUUGAAAAAACCGACCCUUUGCCCACCAAAAUCGCUGUUUCUGAUGAAUCUGACGAUGAAUCGGCAGAAACUAGCAGCACAGCUUCCAAUGACACCGUCCUUUCGAACGAUGGCUCUGAGAAAUGCAGUGACGAAUCCGAUCCUGUCGUCGACGGACCCCCGUUCCAUGAUUUCAUCGAAGCAAUGGUCAAAAAUGCCAUUGAUUCUCGACAAAAAGAGCUAGCAGAGGAGAAUAAGCGGUCGGAAAAUGAAGAAUCGUUUUUAGAGAUUGAGUCGGUUCAAAAAGACGAAGACACGAUAAGUUUGUCGUCCAAUGCAAGCACGAUCGUCGAAAACGGCUUUGAUCCGAUUGAAAACGAAGAAAUCGAGGGAACAGAAGAGGAUAAAGAGGAAAUCAACGAAGACCUCUCGAAUGAAGCUUUCCAGGCUGAAAUCGAUCAACUGCUCGAAGUCAUCAAAACGGAGGAAGGGAAGAUUGAUAGAUCCGCGAGUCCAAUUUGCGCUGACGAUGAUGUUUCCCCAGAUAAUAGCGAGCCAGAAGAAGCCACCGCAAAUCCGCAAAUUCCUGCUUCAGAGACCUAA